UAAACAUCAAGCUUUCUUUACCUUCUUCUGAUAUUUUACAUUGGUAUUAGAGCAUCCUCUCUAACGAGUUUCCCAAUGGCCAAAACCUCCACAGCCUCUGCCUCUGGUGAUUCCUCCCCAACCUCUGGUGAUACCACCAGCAACCCUAACUCUGCAGCCACCAUCAUCAACCAAGCUACCCGUGGACCCAUAUCCUUUAAUCUCAUUGCUUUUCCCUUGAAGCUAGCUCCCACAAAUUAUCUCUCUUGGAAAACCCAAUUCACUAGUCACCUUGCUGGGUAUGAAUUGCUUGGUUACCUAGAUGGGACUCUUCCUUGUCCUGUGGCUACAAAGCCAGAUUAUAGCCUUUGGGCCCGACAAGAUAAGCUUUUACGCCAUGCUUUAAUCACCCCGUCUCAAAGAAUAUCAUGCCUUACAUUACUGAAACACCCAUUGCUCAACAAGCGUGGGAAAUGUUGGCCCAUCUCUAUGCCAACAGAUGAGCUUGGCACAGUGGAUAGACCCCUCACUGAUGAUGACUUGACCAUCUACAUUCUGAAUAGAUUGGGUCCUAAAUUUCAUGAAAUUGUUGCCUCUCUCAGGACUCGUGAUUCCUCUCUUUCCUUCGAUGAUCUACACGACCAACUAGUUGCUCACGAAGAGAGUCUUCACAGAGAGGAAAUUAAACUUGAAUCUGUUUCGGUGAGUGCUCAUUAUGCUACUUUUCCCACUCACAGUUUCCCUGCAGGUGCUUCUUCCACGUCUUCGACGACAUCAUCCGGUUUCCUUCUAACACCCUUUGUUGGGCGCAUCUCCCAAUCUAGUCAGCCAACUCGCAACAAUCAUGGUGGGCCAACUUAUAACAAGCCCAAUCUUCAUGAUGCACUAAAAUCACCCUAACAAGUGUACUAGUCGCUUCAAGUAAUAUAAUGAUGAGAGAGUGUCGAAUCCACGAGGAUUGUGUCUAACUAAGUACCAAAAUAAUUAAUCUAAAUUUAUUUG